UUUCCACACGUCCAGUGUUGCAACAUUGUGCGCGCACAGCCCUUCACCACCUGGAUCCUAAAAUAAACACCUGUUUUAUUACAUAAUCAUGCUGUCGUGUUGCGCCAUUCAUUAAGAUCCUAUAUUUCUGUCAUUCAAAUAACAAGAAUUGUGGCUUAAUAGUCUUAAUUAUAACAGCCAACUUAUUGAAAAAUGUCGGGUUUAAAUCGGGCUCGGGCCCGUAAUUACAGUUAAUUGGACAGGCUGGGCCGGUCCCGGACAUAACGUGCACGGGCUCGGGCCGGGCCGGGCUGGAUUUUUUGGGCCCGAUCUAAGCUCUACACCAGAUUCAGGAACCCCAUCGGAAACUCUGACUUAAUCAUAGACAAGUGUGUAUGUUCAUGAAUGCCAAUCAAUCAUAAAUUGACAGCGCGGUCCUGCUAGUCAGCAAUUAGCAUACAUCCCCACCCAUGAAUAGCCAGUGACCACCAUAUAAGGAUGUGAUAAAUACUAUGGAUAGGUUCAUGCUGUUGACCUAUGAACAUGGAGCAAACAAAAGAGAGAGAGAGAAAAAGAAAAACUUUUCUGACGCUGAGAUUGAAGGUUUAUUAGGUGAAGUGGGGUUGAGAAAAACAUUUUAUUUUCUUCUGUUAGUAGUGGUGUGACAGGGACAGGUCAAUCAAAGGCCUGGAAGGAGGUAAUGGGUGCCAUCAACUCUGUGUCCCCUGUUGUAAGAACCAUCUAAGAAGUUAAAUGAAAAUGGUUUGAUAUGAAACUUGAUGCAAAGAAACGCUUAAGUACAAACAAAAACCCACAACAGCAACAGGAGGCUCUUCGUCUCAGCUCUCUGCUGCAGAUGAAUUGCUUGCAUCGUAGGAGAGACCUCUCUGUCAGGGGAAACAGCCACAUGCCUCCACUGGAGCAGUCAACAGCAAACUCACAAGGUACGGUGAUGUACGUGUUAUUGUCAGUGUUAAAUCACUGUACAUUUUGACAGCCAUCACUGAUAGCUUAGUGUUUGGUCAGUAACUUCAGUCUCAUCGUCUCACCACUCAAACAGAGGAUACAUUUGUAGAGUUCUCGCUCCUCAUUGAUUAAAGUGGGAACAGAAAUGUAGAAGACACGUAUUGAUUGAUUUAAAUAACACAUUCUCAUUUUUAAGAGACCUAAUGGAAGCUUAAGUCCGCUAAUUGUCAACUAAUUGAGCUAAAUGUGUUAUACUUCUAAUCUCUUGCCAUGUUUAACUUACAUGUUUUAAAGGCAUCUGUGUAUUGUGAACAUAAUAGAGCACAAUACAAAGUUGUCAGAAGAAGGUGUAGAUUUUACCUACGAAAAGAUCGGAGCUAAUAACAUUAAUGAAUGCCGAAAUGCACAUAAAUGUCCUUCUGCUAACAGUUUACACACAAAUUCGUUCUGCUCACGUUUGAUUAAUGAGACCCAGAGAGUGUAUAUUAUAAGUCUGUACAUACUGCCUACUAAAUAAAGAGUUAUGGUUGUGAAUACCAGCAUGACCAACAUGACUAUCAAUCACAACAUGACCUGUCUGAGCUACCGUUGAAUGGAAACUGUUUAUCACAAAUGUAAACCAGCAUUACCUCUUCCUCAAAAUUUAAUAUUUUCCAGUCUUGCUUAAAGGCAGAUUGGAAGUAUUAAAUAUUUAAGUGUUGAGUCACUCGCCAUCAUUUUUUCAGUAACGUAAACUGUCUGCCUUGCAGUCCACCAUUGGACAAGCUGAAGAGCUGCAAUGCAUGAUGAGGUGGUUUAGUAUCGUAAAACAUCAAUUACUAGCCCAGGCUAUUAUUUGCUUGAGUCACUGAACUCAACAGGGGUAUAUUAAGGACAAGUGUCUAUAUGGGACAGGCUUUUAAUUCCUUUUACAUAAAAUUGUUGCUCAGCAAAGAUAGGAAAUACGAUCAGAUUGUUUAUUUAAACCACUAUGAAUAUUACUUGUAUAAAAAUUAGGCUUCAAAUAACAUCAAUUAUGAAUCAUUUGAUUUAGCUCUGACAGAGUGCGUUUAAUUGGGACUAGGCUUUUAAUUGAAGUUUUACGGUAUGUCCAGUCAGCUCACGUCUCUCAUCCAUAAAUUCUUGGUACUAUAGUAUACACCCUGACAUUUCUUGCAUACAAAAAUCCUGAAGCUCUACACAACAAAACUGCCUAAAGCUGACUCGACAGAAGUAUGAAUAAUCACAGAGCAGCUGAGUAGUCAAUGCUGGCCACUUGGAGAUACUCUCAACUGCAGAGAAGAAUUACUGUUGAAACAGUUGGUCUGUUUUAAUGCAGGACUCAAUUGAUCUGUUCCUGGGGAACUAUGCUGUAGAUGAAACUGAUUGGUCCACCCCACUGCAUGACCCCAAAGACUGGAAGUUUCUGACGUUGCCUAUCGUCAUGGUGGUAGCAUUCUCCAUGUGUAUCAUCUGCCUGCUAAUGGCUGGUGACACGUGGACUGAGACUCUGGCCUAUGUGUUGUUCUGGGGAACAGCCAGCGUGGUGACGGGCGGCCUCAUCCUCUUUAAUGGACUGGACUUUGUAGAUGCUCCCAAGCUGGUCCAGAAGGAAAAGCUGGACUGAAUGUGUGUGUGUGGAAAGCAGCUAGGCCCUGGUGAGCUCACUACCUCAUCCUCUAGCUCUUCAUCACUUUACACCCAACAUCAGCAUCAGCAGGUCUGGAGCCUUUACUAACAGAGGGUGGAGUGGAGGAGGGGGGUGGUAAGUAGGGCCGGCCUCGUGUGCCACGACGGUGGAAAGACAGAGACUGGGAGUGCACAGGCCUGCUGCUGUCCACACUGCAGCUACUGACAUGUGGACAGGUCUGUCUGUCCACAGUUUUACUGGACAAUGAACCUCUGGAGUAUAUUCCUACUGUAUGUGAUUGUUCAUGAUUUCAGAAGAAUGCUGUGGGAUCCCACAUAAAUGUUUGUCCCACUUCAUUCCCCUCAUGGAUGCAUCGGGAUCAGAAUCAAAACAGCUGCUGUGAUAUCACAGUACAGCUGUACUGUUAAUUUGCCUCUUGUCUUUUCUUUUCGCCAUUGCCAUUUAUGUCUUUCCAUGUACAGUUGCUCUGUCCUGGGUUAAACACUAUCGGUUUCAGAGUCUUCAAGACCAGUAAUGGAUAUGAGACUGUCCUGUUCCAAUGGCCCCAAGGCAUCCGGCCUUCUUUUACCAAAAUUCAAAUUACCCUGCAAGUGUGUUAUUGGAAGUCCUCAGAAUACCAAAUAUCAAUUCAUAACUUGACUUAUGCAUUUGAGCGGUCUUUAUCACUUCAUAUAAAAUAUCAGGUAUACAGUCAGGUCCAUAAUUAUUUGGACAAUGAUACAUUGUUGUCAUUUUGGCUCUGUACACCACCACAAUGGGUUUUAAAUGAA